CUGCGCACUGGGUGCAGCCGCGACCUGCCCGCCGCCGGUACGCCAGCCCUCAGGUCUCCCAGAGUUGGGGGUCCCCAGGCCGUGACCUCCCCACACCAGCCCCAGGAGGCAGGGCCGAGGCAGGAUCCCCAGGGCCUGUCCUGCCUGCUGGGGAGCAGGGGCCUCGUAAGCAUCUAUUGCCCUCCAGCCGUGUCCCACACGUGUGUCCCUCCGUCCCUCGCCAUGUACGCCUGUGCAAAGUUCGUCUCCGCUCCUGCGCUAGUGAGGAGGAGCUCGCGGGUGCUGUGCCAGCCCCUCUCUGCCUCUGUCCUGAGCAGACCCGAGGCCCAGACAGAGCAGGCGCGGCCGAGUGCUCACCGGGCCAUCCAGACGAGUGCGGCCCACCAGGACAUCGACACCGCUGCCAAGUUCAUCGGCGCCGGCGCUGCCACCGUGGGGGUGGCCGGCUCUGGUGCUGGCAUUGGCACCGUCUUCGGCAGCCUCAUCAUCGGCUAUGCCAGGAACCCCUCGCUUAAACAGCAGCUUUUCUCCUACGCCAUCUUGGGCUUUGCCCUCUCCGAGGCCAUGGGGCUCUUCUGCCUCAUGGUGGCCUUCCUCAUCCUCUUCGCCAUGUGACAGAGAUGGUGACGGUGACGGAGCCGGCACGCCGCCGUGCCCGGUCCCAUGCCCAGCCGUGAAUGCCGGCUGGGGGGUAGGCGAGAGCCCCGGCCCUGCCAUGGGCGGGAGGCGAAUAAAGACGGUUUGAUAACGGG